AUGGAGCUUUUCAACAACAACAAUACUGUUCCUAUGAGUAACGCUCUUGGCAUGACACCGGCCUGCUUCGCCAUCUUCGUGAAAGAAGUGCGUCUGCACACCGAUGUCGUCCCCUCGAAGCACGUGACCGUCGAGGAGAAACUCGCUAUGCUGCUGUACUGGCUGCGGGGCUCCGAGUCUUAUCGUAAACUCGACAAAGUGUUUAAAAGGUCAUUGGAUACCAUCAGUCGGUCAGUAGUUCCUGCACUCAUGUCCUACUUCCUGACAGAACAAUUCCGCUGCUCUGUUCCUCCCAGACUCGCACUAGUACUCAUGCACCUUCCCAUUUGCGUCGCAGUUAUUUGCCAGAAACACUCGGAUUACUCGUACACAGCGACCUCAGAAAACAGUACGUUGUUCAGCCCACGGCAGACACGCCCACACCGAGCGUUAUCACCGACAAUCCUCGGUUUGCACGAUAUUUUGGCGAUUGCAUCGGCGCCAUUGACGGAACGCUCGGCCCUUGGUACUCAACGGCCCACGAUGCCGAGCGAUGGAUCGAUCGAAACGGAGACAAGACACAAAACAUACUCGCCGCUACGACUUUCGAUCAUCGCUUCUGCUAUCUUCAGAGCGGCUGCGAAGGUUCUGCUCACGAUCAGCAAGCGUGGGAUUGGGCACGCGAACGGGACCUCGUCAUCCCCGAAGGCAAAUACUAUCUUGGCGAUGCAGGCUUUGCAACCAGCGAGGAGUGCAUGACACCGUACAGAAACGUCCGAUACCACCUCGAAGAGUGGCUACUGGGUAGCCAAAGGUAAUUCGCUGUUGUAGGACAUGUGUUUUGUACCUUGUACACUCGCGAUGCCAAUGGUCCGAUCAUGGAUAAAGGUAGGGGAGUUUGCUCCAAGGGUCCCGCGCUGACAAUCCGUGCCUGAAUGUCCUCACCGCAGUCCCCAGAACCCACAAGAGCUUUUCAACUUGCGUCAUGCUUCUCUGAGGAACGCCGUGGAACGUAUCAUCGCGGUCACUAAGCGCCAGUUCGCUGUGCUCGUGGGCCAUCCUCGAGAGCUGCCGGCAGAACACCAAGCGAGGAUCCCGCAUGCUUGCGCGCUGCUACACAACUUCAUCCAAUUCAACGACCCGAUUAACGCACGAACAGGUGAACCUCGCUCGGUGUCCACAGAAGAAGAAGAACGGCAACUCUUGAGGGAGAUUGCUGCGGCGACGGACCUCAACGAUUCCGAAAACGAGUAUCAUCCCGACAGUGACCACGAGCGACAGCGUCGAGCCCACGUUUCCACUUCCGCCAGCAAACGUCGGAUGGAGGAUCUCAGAGACAACAUCGCCGAGCGGAUGUGGGCGGAUUACCAGACUUACGAAACGGAGGCCCGCCGACUGGCUGCACACGCGUCAGAUGAGCAAUCGAUACGGAGAGCGGAACUCAGGGAGCUCUACUUGCUAUGGACUAGAGAGAUUUGA